UAAAUGUACCCUACUCAUCGAGUAGAAUUUUGAAACGCAGUCCAGUAGUCCGGAUACGAACCAUAUCACAAACGCAUGUAUUGUUACCGAGCGUAAUCGACGUAGUUGACAUCCAUUUUCUCAAGAGGCGCAUCAGAACAGUCACCCACUUUCCUAUGAUAACUGCUCUCAGGCUUCUCUUUGGUGGUAUCGUGGGCACAAUUAUUCGUGUUAUAGAUAGUGUUAUAAGUACUUGUGAAAAGCCUGUUGAGGCUUUAGUACGGCACAAUGAUGCAUAAUCGUAGGCGAGGCAACAACUUUACGUAUGUCAGUUCGUGCGUGAAAUACAUGAUUUUCAUGCUGAAUUUCGUCUUUUGGCUGUUUGGAGGAUUGCUAAUUGGUGUAGGUCUCUAUGCAUUUGUGGAUAAGUGGCAAGCAACUGGGUCUGUCAGAGUAGAGAAUGUUUAUGAUGUGGUCUUGAAUAUUUCUUUAGUGAUGCUGAUAGCAGGUGGAGUGGUCUUUGUUGUUAGUUUUGCAGGAUGUGUAGGAGCUCUUCGUGAGAAUACAUGCCUUCUUAAGUUUUAUUCACUAUGUCUUCUGGUAUUUUUUCUUUUGGAAAUGGGUGUGGCGGUAGUUGGUUUUGUAUUUCCACAUACAUUGCAGUCUCUCUUGGAAGAAUCAUUUACUGACAAAAUAAUUCAAACAUAUAGAGAAGAUCCAGAUCUACAAAAUUUCAUCGAUUUCGGGCAACAAGAAUUUAGAUGUUGUGGUUUGAGUCAAGAAGGAUAUCUGGACUGGGGAAAGAAUGAAUAUUUCAAUUGCACUAGUCCUAGUGUAGAACGUUGUGGAGUGCCAUUCUCUUGUUGCAUAAAUGCUACUGAUAUAUCCAGCGGACUUGUAAAUAUUAUGUGUGGCUAUAAAGUCCAAGUAUUACCAGUGUCGGAAGCGAGCAAAAAAGUCUGGACUAGCGGAUGCAUCGAGAUCGUGCGUAGCUGGGCGGAACGUAAUCUCUACACAAUAGCUGGUAUUGCCCUAGGUAUCGCACUCAGUCAACUUUUCGUGAUUUAUCUUGCAAAGACGUUAGAAGGACAGAUCGAGUUGCAAAAGUCACGCUGGCAUUCCUGAGCUUGACUUCAGGCCACCUACCGUUACCAGAUACAUUCUUCAGCCAACAGGCAGGUGGCCAGCGGUGGCGGUCGGUCGCGCGGCCAAGACACAGAGACUAAUAUUAACGCGCGAAUGGCAUUGCUUGUCCUUUUUGCGAUCUCUUUAUAUGUACUAUGCAUUUUGUCCCUCAUCAAACUCG